AUGCUUAAUAUUAAAAAACAUUUAUAUGCGGAAAAUAAUUUAACAGCAAUAAAUCUUUUAUUAAUUAAACAAACAACAAUUGAAGAAGAAUUAUUAAAACGUCAACAACAAGUUGAUGAAUUAUGUAUACAAGUAGAAAAAUUAAAACAAUUAGAACCUGAAAAAUUUGAAGAAAUUAAUACAAAACAAAAUAUUUAUCAAUAUUAUUAUGAUUUAAGUAAAACUGAAGCAUGGUUAGGUGAACAAGAAUUAUAUAUGAUGAGUGAAGAACAUAGUAAAAAUGAAUUAUCAACACAAAUAUUUAUACGUAAACGUCAAACAAUGAAACAAACAAUUGAAAAUUAUAAUGAUAUUUUAUGUAAAUUAAGUAAUAAAGUAAAAAAUUUAAUAAUAGAUUUAGAACAAUCAAAUUUAUCGUGUGAUUUAAUUAAUGAACAUCAUGAUUUAAUUAAUAAACGACAAACACAAUUAAAUAAAUUAUAUACUAAUGAAACAUUAAAACUUUAUCGUUUACAUAGAGAAAUUGAUGAUCUUGAACAAUCGAUAUCAGAUAGAGAAUUAAUAGCUGGUUCAUAUGAACUUGGACAAGAUUUUGAAUAUAUAUCUAUAUUACUUGAUCGUUUUCCUGCAUUUGCACAAGAAACAGAACAAAUUGGUAAUGGAUGUUUACAACAUCCUAAUGAAAUGAUUCAUCUUUUAAUUGUUAAUAGACAUGUUGAUUCAUCACAUAGAGCUGAAUUAAAAGUUACAUUAAAUGAAUCUUAUCAAGAUUUAUUAGAAAUGAUUGAAACACAUUUACAAUCAUUAAAAGCAUCAUGGGAAUUACAUAAAUUUUUACAUGAUCAUAAAGAAAUUUUAUUAAUUAUGCAAGAACGUAAAAAUUCUAUACCAGAUGAAAUUGGUCAUGAUCAACAAAGUGUACAACAAUUAUUAUCACAAUAUAUACAACGUAUACAACAAGAAUCAAAAUGUUUAAAUGGAUGUUAUGCUGGUGAAAAAGAAACAGAAAUAAAACAAAAAGAAAUGGAUGUUUUAACAUCAUGGAAAUUAUUACAACAAUUUGUUGAUCAACAAAAACAUUUAUUAAAUGAUUACGAAGAUCUACAUAGAUUUUUUAAUUUAACGAGAGAUUUACAUAUGUGA